AUGUUUGAAGGACUCUCAUCGACGUCGUCUCUGUGGCUGCUGACAGCGUGCAAGCGCGAGCCAAGUAUGGCUGGUGGUGGUCGUCCCAUCAACGAACACGAAUCGGCAGGACGACAAGCGUGA